CCCGGGCAGAGCCCUCCGCUGCCGCCGGCUCCCAGCCCUGGGGCCGCGCCGAUCUCCCCUCACUACUUCCCGCCGCCGAAGAGAAGCCCCUCCACAAAGGAGCGAGGCAGCAGGAGGCGGGAGAUACACGCACGCCCGGCCGCUCCGUCCGGAUGCGGUGAGCCCCCCGCUCGCCUCCGGGGCCGCGCCAGUGCGGGAGGGAAGAAGCGGAGCAGCGGCGGCGGCUCUCCGGCUGCCACCAUGGGCUGCUGCACGGGGCGCUGCACGCUGAUCUUCCUCUGCUCGCUGCAGCUGCUGGCAGCAUUAGAGAGACAAAUCUUUGACUUCCUGGGUUUCCAGUGGGCUCCUAUCCUUGGCAAUUUCCUACAAAUAAUAGUUGUCAUUUUGGGUUUGUUUGGAACCAUCCAGUUUAGGCCUCGAUAUAUAGUUGUGUACACGGUGUGGACUGCCCUGUGGGUCACCUGGAAUGUUUUCAUUAUCUGCUUCUAUUUGGAAGUAGGCGGGCUUUCUAAGGAAACGGAUCUCAUGACCUUUAACAUCUCAAUGCACCGCUCGUGGUGGCGGGAGCACGGGCCCGGCUGUGUACGAAGGGUGGUGCGUCCUUCUUCCCCUGGCAUCCUAGAGGAUUACUCCUACGUCUCCGUGACAGGCUGCAUCAUUGAUUUCCAGUACCUGGAGGUCAUUCAUAGCGCUAUCCAAAUACUCCUCUCCCUGAUUGGAUUUGUGUACGCCUGUUAUGUGAUCAGUAUUUUCAUGGAGGAGGAGGACAGCUUUGAUUUCAUAGGCGGACUUGACACAUACUCCUACCGACAGCCCCCCCAGGAACAUGUUGAGUUAAAGCCUGUAAAGCCUGUAGGUCGAAGUAAGUAAUAAACAUGGACUCAAGACUUCUGCUGCUGUAGCUGAAGAAACAGAUUUUAGAAAAAAAGACCAACCUUGUGGCUCAUCAUUCUGGAAGAAACCUACCACAUCUGUUCCUCACGGCAUGUGGAUUGUUCUUCCCACAGGCUCAGUGUCAUUAUCAGCAUUGUUAUUUCGUAGAUCCUUGUAGAUUAUCUUGAAUUUUUAAAUAAUUUACUUAUAUGGACACUUGUAAAUUGUAAAUUUUUUUCUUUUUUAAUUUCAGUAUUUUUACAAUGUUUAGUGUUGAGGCAUGAAAACAAAACAACCUGUGAAAACUAGGAGGAGGGUGCAUCUCUCUCAUAAGAUCAGUAUUUUUUGACUGAGAGGAUCAUACUGUGCCUGGUCAAGAUUGUGUCAGUAAACAGUAAUUUUGGCUCCAAAAUACGCAGCAGGAGUCAAACCCUAACAGUGAUCAAGAGAUCAUUUUGAUGCUGUCUUUAGAAUUCACAGUGUCCACUCCUUGCAUUGUUUGAACUGUUGAAUGCAGUAGGAAUUGAUGUAUGACUCUUCUUACCCAGAUGUUCAAGCACUAAUGUACUCACCUAAUUAUUACAAUUGAUAUAUGACUCCUCCUUUCCUAAUCUUUUUUGCCCCAAGUCCAUCUUGAGUAGCUGUCUCUAGUUUGAAGAGAAGUAGGACAAGUGCUCAAUGGAUUUCCAUCUCUAGGAACCCUUACACCCAGGGCUGUUUAGAUGUCUGUGAUUUGCACAUUUUUAAACUCCUUUCCUCCCUUCUCCCAGGAAGAAGCCAAGCAUGAAUGUACAGUACAAGGCACCAACUGAAGCCUUAGAAGCCUCUGGGGACUAAUUUUCUCUUAAUUUAAAAGUAAACAAGCAAAACUGAAAAACUGUGUGUAAAAAUUUGUAAAGUUAUUUGUAAAUACUUCUAGACAAAGAACAUGUAUGUAACUGUGGUAUUUUGUUUUCUAUUCUGUCACCACUAGCAUAAAGUGAUA